AUGACCGAAGAAAGCGAUCAACGGCCACCCAAGCCAGGAACAGCGUGCAUAGGGUGUCGACGCCGCAAGCUCAAGUGUUCGCGCGAACCCGACGGCUGCACGAAUUGCCUACGAUCCGACUUGCCAUGUGUCUACCCUGCGCCCCAAUCAGGCAUCAAGCGGAAACGAGGUCCCUACAGGAAGGACAAGCCGGCCCGCGAGCGACAUCUCGAGGAUCUGGUGCGCUAUCUCGAGCCCCGCGUGGCUCGCGGCGAUGUGCCCGCCAGCACCGACUUUGGCGAAAUUCAUAGCGACGGCUCCCACCACACUAGUGGAGACCAAUCGCCUUCGCAGAUUGCAAGGCCGGAAAGUGCCCAUCGAGGCCCUGCGUCCGGCAAGGGCAAACCCGACGACCUGGUGAAGGAUGCCUUGAUCGCAUUGACCAAAUCAUCCGCAGUGGGCAAGGAAGCCUUCUCGUACAGCCAGGCUGCGGCGGCGAAUAGCAGUGUGAGAGAAGUCGGCGAGCCUGGCGGAUUCGGGCAGCAGCCCAGCGUCGCUGUCGUCUUCGACUACUGGCACAUCUUCGUCACCCGCUUCGAUCCAUUGACAAAGGUCAUUCAUUGCCCGACUUUCGGCCAUAAGCUGUGCGAGAAUAUCGGAGAUCUAAACUCCCUUCCAACAUCGACUCAGACUCUGCUCUUCGGCAUCUACUAUGCCGCUGUGACCGCCUGCACCCCAAAGGAGGUACGGAGGAGGUUUGGUCAGGAUCGCGAGGAGUUAUUGGAGCGGUAUGGGCGGACCAUCGAAGCUACGCUGGCGGAUAACUACGGAAUGCCGGAGCUGGAAUCACUACAGGCGCUCGUAAUAUACAUGGUCUCCAUCCGCCGCCAGGACAACGCAACCAACACCCGCGCCCUCUUUUCUCUCGCGGUGCGCAUGUCGCAACUGAUGCGCAUCAACGAGGACCCCGGCGGCCAGUAUCGCCCGCUGGAAGCCGAGCUCCGUCGCCGUCUCUGGUGGCACCUGGCCGGGCUGGAAAACCGCGGAGCAGAAGAAGGCGGCGCGCGGAAGACGAGCAUCAUGGAGGACUCGAGCGUGCAGCUGCCCGCGAACCUCUUCGACUAUGACCUGCAGGAGGAUCUCGAGGAGCUUCCGAAAGCGCGAAGGGGCACCGCGUCUACGACGUUCUUCCUCCUGCGUUGUAGUGUUUUCAAGCUGAUUCGGGCGCUUGUGCUGUUGCGUAAGAAGCACGAGGCUGCCUAUGGGACAGACUGCGAUGACGAGCUGGUGAAGACGAAACAGCGGCAGGUGCUGGAAGAGACGCGCCAGAUGAUGCAGCGGGAGUACCUUCACAAUAUGGACGAGUCACGCCCAUACGACUGGCUAUGUCUGAACUUCAUCCGCACAAUGCUGGUACGUCCACUCGUGAACCCAGUCUCACCAAGCUCCCUUUCCACCGAAGCACCCGCUAACUCUCAACAACAGGUCAAAGCGCGCCUCAUCAUCGACCACCCCCUCAACCGCAAGCCCACGCGCGACAUGUCCGAAGACGAGCGCAUCGACCUGCUCAAAGCGUCAGUGGAAAUCAUCGCCUUCUCCCACUCCAUGACCUGCUGCGACCGCGCGGGCAUCGAGCAGUGGGCCUGGUACCUGCGCACGUGGGUGCAGUGGCACUCGCUCGCAAUCGUCAUCUCGGAGCUCGGGCGCAGCAGCGACUCGCAGUUCUCCAGCGACGCGUGGGCCGUGCUCGACCCGUUCCUGUCGCGCUGGGACAAGAUGUUUGCGCUCAAGCAGGGCGAGGCGGCAUGGGAUCAUGUGAAUACUUUGAUUAAGCGGGCGAGGGAGGUGCGGCGGCUGCAGGAGGAGGAGGAGCGGCGGCGGCGUCUUCGGGCCGAGACAUUGGAAGGCGCUGCGCACGUGUUGCGGCGCGAUGUGUCUACUGUCGACCCCCAGCAGCCUGCGACAUCAAGUGGCGAACCGACUACCCUCUACUCCCAGCCACUCUACGACUCCAGCAUGCACGCUCAGGACGCGAUCCUGAAUCCGCUCCCGCCCAACGCACAACUCGCGGAGCAAACAGGCUGCACGCCGGUGAUGGAAGGGCUAGACGUGGACUUCAGCAGCGGAUUGGACACCGGCCUGCUGGACGACAUCAACUUCUCCGCCUUCAACUUCGUCUUCGCCGACACGUCCUGGGCUUUCCCGCCCACGGAAACGAAUUGGAGUACGGAGGGCAUGAUGUUAUGA